UCCCACCUCUGCUUCCUUCCUCGAGAAGCAGAAGCACCACUAUAUAUAGAGAGAGGAGGAGGUGGGGGAGAGAUAAAGGGAGACGAAAGAACAAGGCAGAAAAGAAGGACCCAAUCCUCCACUCUUCAGUCUCACUCGCUCUAUUCAACCUCCAGAUGGAACCUGAAGAACUCCCUUCAACCUUGUCGUAUUAUGACAAUGACAAGAGGAAUCUUGAGCAGUUGCUUGAAACCUUUGGUUCUGUGGUUUCUCUUGAUGAUAUAGCAUCUGCUUAUUGUCAAUCAGGUCGCAAUCUAUACGCUGCCAGAAAUAUCCUGUGUAAUCUCCAAUGUUGCACCUCUAAAUCUUCCAUAUUUACGUCAGAGGAGGAAUUGCAGUCUGCAAAUGCAUCUUCAGUAUGUCCAUCAGAUAAUUCUGUGGAAAUGGCUCAAGAUUCUAAAUCAAAGCCUAGAAAAUCUCCAGCAUGCAUGGGAAUUGUCUCAAGUGUGAUUGGAAAACAGUAUGUCAUGCCCAAAACUUCAACUAAUGGAUCUUGCAAACCUAAACCACUUAUUUUGAAUUCAGAUGAUAUACCUGUAUCUGAAGUGUGGGACGAGAAAGAUUUUCUGAACUCUACAGAAAGGAGUGGCACCAUGAGCCAUGAUAUUGAAGAAUUCCUUUUUAAAAUGCUUGGAGAAGGCUUCUCUCUCAACAAGAGUGUGAUUCAGGAUAUUGUUGGCCAAUGCGGUUAUGAUGUGACAAAGAGCAUGGAUAAACUUCUGGAUUUGUCUGCAUCAACUCUGGGGAAGAGCGAUGAUGUUCUAAAAGCAUCUUCUGAGAAACCAAAACAAGGAUAUCACAACAUGGUAUCUUUGCUACCUGAGGACCAAAUCCCAUGCACUUCUUUUGAAAGUUUGAAGUAUACUCCUGACACUGGAAAUGUGGAGCACCAGGCUGAUAGGAGAAACAGGCAUGAUCUUGAGAAAGAAGUUUUAGGCACCCUGUUUACUGUUCGUCCAAGACCAGAGCCUGAACCUAAGAAGUAUCAUCCAAUGAAAGAAGUCAGGAGAUCAUCAUUGCACCACUUUAUUGUUGAAGAGCCUCUAAAAGAGACAGUAAUAGAAGACGAACCUGUCAUCAGAACAAAACAAGUUAGUGAAAACAGUAAUGAAGAGAAUGAGGAUGACUAUGACGUCUUGCGAAAAGCUGUGAUGGAGUACUGGACUACCAUGAAAGAGUAUUAUAAAGCUGCUGCUGAUGCAUUUGCCAUAAAUGAUCAUGAAAAAGCUCAUAAGCUUAUGGAAGAGGGUCAUUUCUUUAUGAAGAAGGCACGAGAAGCUGAUGAAAAAUCUGCUGAAAAGCUCAUUGAAAGCAAUGAUGAGGAAGAAAUGUUCGUCGAUCUGAAUGAAUUUGAGCCAAAAGAUGCUUUGCGCUUUCUGAAAAUUCAGUUGACUUCUCUUUCUGGCAUCGCAUCUUAUAAAUAUCUCAAGGUACUUGUGGGCAGCAAUGAGCAAAACGCCAAGAGUGGGCCUCGCAAGCGUCUGAUCACCAAAUUAUUGGAGAGGGAGAGCAUAACAUGGAGUGAAGAAGGAAAUGGCUGGGUAAUUGUGAUUCAGCUGGACGUGAUUGAUCCAAAGAAAUUGAGUUUUGGCAGGAAAUAAGCAGUCAUAUGUUGACAUGCUGUGUAGAAAAAGAGAUUUUAGGGUUAUAUCCAGAUGACACGUUUUGUGGUGUUUAGGGGAUUUUAUAUUGUUGGAAGCGUAAAGCAAGGACAUAUUAUCAAGCAUUUUGCUUCUCUACACUUUAAGCUGAUUGACAAUGGAGAAAAGAAUUCUCACGCUGCUGCAAACACAGGGAAAGUUUUCAGCUAUAAAUGGUGUUUUCGACAAAGUUUCUUCCCAAGAUGAAAGGUUGUUUUGGCAGGAAAUGCAUGUUAAAAUUUUGUGUUGCUUUGAGAUUGUAUGUAAACAUGAUGCAACGUGCUCACUUGAUUGAUGACUCUACUUCAAUGUAGACAAGUAUAUCUACUAAAUGUGGAUGUUUUGUUGCAUUAGAGCUUUCA